GGCCCCGCCGCCUCCGACCUCCUCUCCGGCGAGCUCGGCGACUCCCUCGACGCGGAUUCCGACGCUCCUCCCGCUUCCGCACGCCCGCAGGUGCAGAGAUACCUCGUCAUUGGUGUCCACAAUGUCGCGGACAACUUGCAGCUGCCCCAAGUGUUUCCAAGGCACUUGUGACUGUUUAAUAAGGAAUGCGUUAUGCUGUUCGGGAUGCAACUGCGGUGGUGACUGCCAGAAAGACUUAUCUCUUGGAACAAUCAACCCGGCUGCUGCCCAAGGUACCACCCCAACGCUUGCCUCUGGCUCCUCUGCUGCCCAAGAUACUGCUCAAACACAACCGCUUGCACCGAGCUCUUCUACUGCCCAAGGUAUCACUCAACCACAACCACUUGCCCCGAGCUCUUCUACUGCGGCGGUGCCAAAGCCAGAGGCAGUGGUGAAGUGCAACUGCAAGGUUACCAAAUGCAUAAACUGCCAAUGCAUAUGUUUCAAGGAGGGUUUGAGUUGCGUUAUGGGACGCUGCAAGUGCUAUGACUGCGAGAACAACCAUGAUUGGCUGGCCGACGAGGAUUACGAGGAUUGCGCGUGCAAAACCAAAAAUUGCAAAACCGGACACUGCAGUUGCAACAAGAAACUGAAAGGGUGUAACCCAAAUUGCACGUGCAUAGGGUGUGAAAAUGGCUACGGGAUGAAAGGGGCUGAUAAGUCCAAUGCUGGACCGGGAGGUACGGGUGGCACAAGUGACGCCGGAGGCUCAGGUUCCAACAAUCAAAUAAGAAUCGGGUGAUGACAGUAGGCUUCAGACAUACGAGAGCAUGAUGCAAGUCACCUUACCUACUUAUACCAUCCUCAAGUCACCUCCUGUUCAGACAUCUCCCACUGUAAAGCACGGCCAGGUUCCUGUAGAUUCCUUGUAAUGGUUGGUUGGUUACUCGAAGCAAGCACGGCGACAACUCCAUGUUCCUCAGCCCUCAGGGGGCUCCAGUGGACCUUGAUUGAUCAGACUGAUACACUUUAGAACAUAUAUACUUCUGAGUCACGUAAGAAUAGUUGUCGUCAUCGGUCGGCGUCCAUACAUGCUGCCCGGAAAUCGGUACUUCAGUACGUUCUUAUACAUGCACAGUCUUGCAAAGGAUUUCUCUUAUACUUUAAGAAGAUUCUGGUAGUAUGAAUUUGGUUUGCAGCUUUGCAUAUUCUGGUAGUAUAAAUAUUGUUAUUCUUUGUAUAGACCAGUUACACAAGCAGCACUCUGGUUGCUUGCUUGGAACAACAAAUGACAUCUUAGAU